UUUAAACUCUGAAGCCGGAAGAGUUUGGCAAGUUUUCUUUGUGCGGUCUAAGUGCACGUGAAUCCGGUGUCUGACUUUAGGUAUCGGGCUGAUAUCGAGUGCGUGAUGGUCGAUAAGUGGUCCCCCCUGGACUAAGACUAUCCUACAGCAUGACUGAUCAGAAGGAACCUGUCAAUUCAAGCCAUGCCUUGUUUGACCACUUUGUUCUCGCUCAGACCUGCAAAGAGGUUCAGCAGAAUUUUACUGAGCUCUGUCGCCACCUAGAGUUAGAUGCUCAGGACUACAGCAAUUUUUACAGCAAGUUAAAAGAGAGGCUGAAUUACUGGAAAGCAAAAGAACUCUGGCAGAAGAUUGACAAGCGGGCAGCACACUCUGAUUAUGAGCAGGGCAAACCCUGUGCCAAGACUAAGUGUUUAGUCUUGGGAGCAGGCCCAUGUGGCUUGAGGACUGCUAUAGAGUUGGCCCUGUUGGGUGCACAGGUUGUUUUGUUGGAAAAGAGAACAUCAUUCUCCAGGAACAAUGUCCUGCAUCUUUGGCCAUACACAAUCCGAGAUUUACGUAACCUUGGUGCAAAGAAGUUCUAUGGCAAAUUCUGCUCUGGUUCUCUCGACCACAUUAGUAUCCGCCAGUUGCAGUUAAUUUUGCUGAAGCUGGCUCUUAUCUUGGGUGUUGAGGUUCACACUGGAGUGACUUACAAUGGUUUGGUUGAACCAGAAAUAUCAGGAACCGGCUGGAGGGCUUUGUUGCAUCCCGAGUCUCAUCCUGCAUCUUCCUAUCAGUUUGAUGUUUUUGUCUCUGCCGGAGGAGGAAGAUUUGUACCUGAUGGGUUUAAGAGAAAGGAGCUGAGAGGAAAGCUGGCCAUCGGCAUCACGGCUAACUUUGUUAACCACCGCACCGCAGCCGAGGCUCAGGUUCCUGAGAUCAGUGGCGUGGCACGCAUUUACAACCAGAAAUUCUUUCAGCAGCUCCAAACAGAGAUGGGCAUUGAUCUGGAGAACAUUGUCUACUACAAAGAUGACACUCACUACUUUGUCAUGACUGCCAAGAAAAACAGUCUUCUAAAGAAAGGAGUCAUCAAGCAAGACUAUGCUAAUGUGGAACAGCUGUUAGCACUUGCUAACGUUAAUGGGGAGGCCUUAUUGAAGUACGCGUAUGACGCUGCCGCUUUUUCCACGGCCCACAAACUUCCUAAUCUUGAAUUCGCAAGGAAUUACAAUGGUAAGGCAGAUGUAGCCAUGUUCGACUUCACCUGCAUGCACCGUGCUGAGAAUUCAUCGAUGGUGAUGGAGCGCAAAGGCAAGAAACUCCUCAUUGGCCUGGUUGGAGACUGCCUGGUGGAGCCCUUUUGGCCAUUGGGAACAGGAAUUGCACGAGGAUUCCUGGCUGCUUUUGAUACUGCAUGGAUGGUGAGGAGCUGGGGUAAAGGAAUGCCACAUCUGCAGGUUCUUUCAGAGAGGGAAAGCAUGUAUCAGUUACUAUCGCAGACCACGCCGGAGAACACAAGCAAGAACUACCAAGCCUACAGCAUUGAUCCAAGCACCCGGUACCCCAAUGUGAACUUGUCUUCCAUAAAACCUGCACAAGUGCAGCAUCUGUACAGUGUUGAGGACCACUUGGAUUCCAACAAAUUAAGCCAAAACAAAAAAACUCCAAUAUGUAAUAAAUAUCAAGCUUCCCUGCGACGUGUGGUGGACCUGCUGAACUGGUGUCAGAAACACACAGCCUGGUGUGAGCGGGUCAAGGUUAAAGACCUGAGUCAGUCAUGGAGAUCUGGCCUGGCACUCUGUGCUCUGAUCCAACACUUCAGACCCAAACUCAUAGACGUGUCCACUCUGGAUGAAAAAAAUGCCACAUACAACAACCAGAUGGCCUUUGACAUUCUGCAGAAGGAGUUUGGCAUCACACCCAUCAUGUCUGCCAGUGACUUUGCCUCUAGCAAGGAGAUUGAUCAGCUGUCUGUGGUCCUUUACCUCACUCAGGUUCACAACGCUUUCAAUGAGUCUCCCAAACCAGCAGAGCAGGCCAGCUUGGGAAAGUCUCUUUCCUUAGCUAGAACCCGCUCCGCUGUCUUUUUCUUAAAUAAGCUGAAGCACAACUCCCUUCAAAGACGCAAGGAGCGUCUGGCUGCUGAGAGAGAGGAAAAGGAAAGAGAUAUGAGGGAGGAAGAGAAAAAGAAAGACCUCGUGCCCACAGUGCCGGUGGCAGACAGCGGAAGCAGCGAACUGUGUUACUUUUGCAAUCAGCAGCUCUAUGUGCUGGAGAGAGGCAGCGCUGAGGGCAAGUUCUUUCACCGCAGUUGCUUCACAUGCCAGCAAUGUGGUACUACCUUGCGCCAGGGAGGAUACACCUUUCAUGCCGAAACAGGGAGGUUUUACUGCGAGCAGCACUCCGAACCAAAGGAGGAGAAUAAGGAGAAGCGAGACGUAGAGCAAUCGGAUCAAUCUGCAGGUGCAGAGGAUCUUAAAAGAAACCAGAGCAGUCACACUGAGCAGAGUGAGGAACAGAAUGUGGAAAAUGAAGCAAGUGAAAAUGAGCGACAGCAAGAAAGUGUUUUUAAUGCGACUCCUCAGAUGUGUCGCUCUGUAAAAAGAAAAAGCUCCUAUAAAAUAUCGAUAGAUUCAGAAUGUGAUGAAACCACAGAGUCCAACAGUUUUACAGAGCCUGAGGACCAGCUGGGAUUGACUGGUGUCCAAGACCCCACUCCUGAAUUGGACCCGGUAUGCCAGACACAGUCAAAGGACAGUGAUAUCCAAAUAGGUGAUGAUUGUUCCAUUCCUGUUCCUACCCCAGUGCCAGCACCACGUGGUUCUCGAGUGCCUGUCCCUAAACCCCGCACCAUCCAUAACAUUUCAUCACCCACUGACAUGGAUGAGAAUCAAGAUCCUUUACCAGACCUCACUACCGUCAUAUCUGUGCCGAAAACCCUUCCUGAAAAUUACUUCGACUCUCAAACUUUUUCUGCUCAGACAGAAAAUGGCCUGAAAAUAGACACUGAAUCCAAACCCAAAGUUUCACUUAAGAAGCUCCAGUUAACAGCAGAGGAGAAAACGCAGCUGACAGACUUUACCUUUAACCAGGACUCCGACUCUGAGACCCCUGCGUCCUCCUCAUCUACAUCCUCAUCCUCCAGGCCACAGGACGGAGGAGGAGCAGAGGAGGAGGGUUACUCAAGUGGAGGAUCAUUGUGGAGCAACCUUCGACAGAAAAAGCUUCGCCGGGGUUUGAGAAAGAAGGAGGAUGGACAGAGAGAAAGUCAGCUUCAACAGGGAAGAGUUAGAUCCAAGUUUUCACCCUGGAACCUGUCUUCACCACGGCUGCAGCACCGCUUCAGUGUGCUACGAAUACAUCCUUCAGGACUAUGUCAGGCAGAUUUGGAUGAUGAGGUCGAUGCUGAUGAGGAUGCUGAUGAAGAUGAGGAAGAGAAUGAAGAGGAUUUUACUCUGGAGCGUUUCCUGGAUAGCCAGGCUGUGCCAGUGAACCUGUCUAAGGAAGAGAAACAGGAGCUAAUGAAGAUGAGGACUCUGGAACGACGGGCCAAGAUGAGCGAACUUCAGCGCUUGCGUAAAGCUCAGUCUAUCCAGAGAAGGCUGGAGGAGAUUGAGGUGACAUUUAAAGACCUGGAGGAGAAGGGAGUGCUGCUAGAGAGAUCUCUCAGACGAGAGGCUGGUUCUGAUGCCUCUACAGUAAUGAUUGACCAGUGGAUUGAACUGGUCCAACAGAAGAAUGCUCUGGUUUCAGAGGAAUCCGAUCUCAUGGUGGCCUCUCGACAGCUGGAGCUCGAGGACAAGCAGAGCAUGUUGGAGCUUGAGCUACGCCGCUAUAUGGAGAUAGAAGACUCUGAAAAAACUGCAGAGCAACAGGCAGAAGAGGAGCAGAUCCUACAGCAGAUGCUGGAGGUGGUGGACAUGCGGAAUUCUCUCGUGGCCUUCCUAGAGGAGAAGAGGAUUAAAGAGAUGGAGGAGGAGCACAUUGGCUCCACAGUGAUGGAGAACAAGAGACUGUCUACUGCAGGAGCUCAGGUACACUGGGCCUGAGAGAAAACACAUACUUGCAGGUACACUCGUCACCACGUUCUGCCCCUCGGCUUUUACAUCUCAAACCAAAGACUUUAAAGCAUACAAGCCUGUGACUUGUUACUGUGUGCACUUGGACACACUCAGGAUCCAUGGUUGGAGAUUCAGAGCGUGUAGUGGGGUUUAAACUAUCAAAUCAAUUGCAGAAGCUACACAAGGAAGACACCAGAGAUUAUUGUUAACUUUUAUUACGAGCACCCAAGCCUUCACUGCCCAUUCACAGCUUGUAAAGAGACCAGUGGAAGCCCCAUUAUGUAGCUCGACUGCCACCACCCCUCACACACACACACACACACACACACACACACACACACACACACACACACACACACACA